CUAUAUCAAAAGCUAAAUCUAAAAAUCGCCAUAUUGGUGCUGGUUUAAACCCUUUAUAUCCAGAUGUUGAAGAAGAAUUAAAUAAAUGGAUUGAAAUGUUAUGCCAAGAUGGAAUUGCUAUUACAACAUAUAUGCAUCUUAUAAAUGGCUCUAUAGCUUUAUGA